AUGACUUGGAAGUCUGCUGUAGCGCCGUAUCUGCGAGUUGUGAUGGGUAAUCGGUACGCAACCUUCACCGACCUGCCACCCGAACUCUGGGACCAUAUCGCUACCUAUCUCCCUACUGCCAGUGCCGUCUCGGCUCUUUCCCGUACCAACAAGAGCCUCUACGCCUUUGUCGAAAAGGACGCCUGGAAGUCCUUUGCCAGGACCCAUUUCCCAACACUAUGCGCGCCAGAUGUGCCUCUCUCCAAGCAUGCGGCACGUACUCUGACCAGUCUGUCGAAGGCCUGGGAUAGACGAGCAUUCAUCGCCACCUACGUCGAGCCCAGCCAUGAUAUCACCGUAUUUCCCGGCUCCAAAAAGGCCACCACAUGGGAGAGUCCACACGGGCAGACCAUUGGCUUCACGCCCCUGAUAGACGUGUAUGAAGACAUUGAGGAGAACUGGCAACACAGGACGGAGACCCUUGCCUUCAGCGCUGGAGCUCAGAUAUGCAUUCGCCACACCACACGUGGCGGCGGCGGCGGAUCGGACGUGAAAUGGGCGACUUAUAGACCUCUGGCAGCACGUGAAGGCCAGGACGAUAUCACGACGAUGCAUCUGCUUCGUCCAGAUGAUUCACUGGGCGACCAAAGGCAGCAUGUCAUCACUGGCACCGCCAGAGGGGACUUGCGCCUGCUCGGUAUGCCUCUGGACGACCCAUAUGACCAGGACGUAAGAACGACAUACUUUGCAACGCAGGGAAUGCCUGUGAGAUCAAGUAGCUUGUUACAAGAGCAGUCUCAACCCACAUUACUGGCCACGAAUCUGGGAGACUCCAGGAUUGCUCUCUACAAUGUUGACUCGGAGCAGUCCAAGAUUUGCGCAUCGAGCCAAUUCGAUCUCAAGCCGAUUUUGCGGCCAGACGGCAAUCCCUCGCCAAAUCACCGAGCAUGGUCUACGAACUUUCUAUCGCGGACAUCUUUGGCCAUUGGUGCAGGUCCUUCCGAGAAGCCCAUCCACGUAUACCCGAUCACCGAGAGUGGUCUAUCGCGAGAAGGUGUGAGGAAGCUUGGGCUCCAAAAUGACCCCGAUGGCCUUGAUGGUAAAAGAUCUACAUCCAAUGUGUAUACCAUGGUUCCAUUAUGUGCCGACAAUGGCGCUUCGGGAAGUGGAAAUGUCUUCUUGUCCGGUGCGUACGAUGGCGUUGUACGUUUGCACGACCUGCGCUCAAAUCGCGAUGUCGAGCAAGCUUACGUCGAUCCGGCUGAUGAUAGCGCUGUAUACACCAUCUUACCGCGAGGCCAAGAGAAAAUGCUUGUCGGUUCAAGCCGUCAUAACCUGUGCAAAGUAUUCGACUUGCGGCUUGGAGCCAGGUGCUACAACUAUUUAGAUAUCACUCAGCCCAGACCAGGCGGCUCCAGCGCUGAGAGCGCCGACGGGGACUACAACAUCUUCCUCCGAUCUAGCAGUCCUGCCUUCACCGUGCGUGGCAGUCGGUGGAAUCGCAAUGAUCACGCCCGAGCCCUUGAAUCAAGUGUCUACUCGCUUGCAUCACCAUCAGCACACUCGCCAUACAUCUACGCCGGCGUCGAGAGCGCAAUCAUGUCUCUUUCAUUCACCGAAUUGCUAGACCGACACCCUGAUCCGGCAUACUUCCAGCCCUGGCCUGCGAACAAGAGCCAGAAUGGGAAUGACCACGGAGCUGAUGGCAAACUGGUCUUGAAUCUGGCCAUGUAUGAUCAAGAUUCCAACAUGAAUUUGAAGGUCCAGCGUGGUUAUUGGGAAACCUGGCGAGCUGCAGCGCCGAAGGGGGAAUUUGGCGUGAGAGAGCAGCAGAUCAGGCUGGACGAGAGAUGGAGGGGCCCGAACUCAUUCGGACCGUAA